AAUCUUUGGUAGCUCUAUGAGUAAUUACUCAAGCAAUUGAAGGGAUAGAUUACUCAACAACUUCAUUAACAGAGUUUUGGUAGCAAGAAUAGUUACUCCAGCAAUUGAAUUCUCACACGAGUUAAACCUUGAUCUCUGAAAACAAGUCUCGACAUCAUGGGAGAUCAAAGCCAGAAAAAACCCAGAAUCCUCUGCCUCCACGGAUUCAGGACCAGUGGUGAAAUCCUCAAGCGAUUAGUCUUACGUUGGCCAGAAACUGUACUACAAAAGCUGGACCUCGUCUUCCUCGACGGAAAAUUUUCAGCACAGGGAAAAUCAGAUGUUGAAGGCAUUUAUGAUCCUCCUUACUAUGAAUGGUUCCAAGCUAAUGAGGAUUUCACAGAGUAUACGAACUUCGAAGAAUGUUUAGCAUACAUUGAAGAUUACAUGGUAAAAAAUGGUCCUUUUGAUGGUGUACUUGGAUUCUCUCAGGGAGCAAUUUUAGCAGCCGCACUACCAGGAAUGCAAGCACAGGGCGUAGCACUUGGGAAGGUAAACAAGAUCAAGUUCCUGAUUGUGAUAUCAGGAGCCAAGUUUGGUGAAAAGAAGUUUGGAAUGCCUAAACUGGCUUCCAAUGUAUUUUCAGAACCAAUCGGUUGCCCUUCUCUUCAUUUUAUAGGGGAGACGGAUUUCAUGAAGCCAGAGAGCAUUGCUUUGCUAGAAGCAUUUGUGGACCCUGUUGUGAUUCAUCACCCAAAAGGACAUACAGUCCCCAGACUUGUUGAUAAGAGUCUUGAAACUAUGCUCAGUUUCAUUGAGACAAUUCAGAUGAUACCAUCGAAUAGUCACGGCAAGACCUGAAUCUUUAUGGAGACUUUUCUGUUGCCUCUCUAUCAUUCUUAUGAAGCUAUGAAACUUCAUCGAAUUCAAUAUAUACAAUAAUAAUUUUCCUCCUAAUAAAAUUGUAUAUGUGAAGGCAACAUCAAUCAAGAUACAAGAAUACAAUGUUUUCAAUUCUGCUGAUUGUGAUAGGGGGCUCGUAUGCGGUGGCUCCUGGCUGAUACAGCUUCGGUGGUGCUUGGUGAUGGCUCAGCAUGUGUGAGAUUGGAGGAGUACCAUUUUGUAAAUACUUUGCACAUAAUUUUUAAUGUUUUGAAGGACUAAUUUUGUAGUUAACAAUUUUAUUGUAUAACCUGUUAAACAAGUAAUC